AUGUCUUACGGUGGUGGUUACCAGCGCGGUGGUGGCGAUUCCUAUCGCUCCCGCAAUGACAACGGCAAUGGCUACUCUGGCGGCGGCGGCUACGGCGGCGGCGGCGGUGGCUAUGGCGGCGGUGGUGGUUACGGUGGUGGCCGUGGAGGAGGCUUCGGUGGUGGUGACCGCGGUGGUGACCGCAUGUCCGCCCUUGGCCAAAACUUGAAGGUUCAGGAGUGGGACCUUAACACCAUGCCCAAGUUCGAGAAGUCCUUCUACAAGGAGCACCCUGAUGUCACUGCCCGCUCGCAGGAAGAGGUCGAUGCUUUCCGCAAGGAGAAGCACAUGGCUAUCAAGGGCACUGAUGUCCCCCGCCCUGUCCAGAACUUCGACGAGGCUGGUUUCCCUCAGUAUGUCUUGUCUGAGGUCAAGGCGCAGGGCUUCGACGCCCCCACUGCCAUUCAGUCCCAGGGUUGGCCCAUGGCCCUCUCUGGUCGCGAUGUCGUCGGUAUCGCCGAGACCGGUUCCGGAAAGACUCUGUCCUACUGUCUUCCCGCUAUUGUCCACAUUAACGCUCAGCCUCUCCUUGCGCCCGGUGAUGGUCCCAUCGUUCUUGUCUUGGCUCCCACUCGUGAGCUGGCUGUCCAGAUUCAGGCUGAGAUCACCAAGUUCGGCAAGUCCUCCCGCAUUCGCAACACUUGUGUCUACGGUGGUGUCCCCAAGGGUCCCCAAAUCCGUGAUCUUUCCCGCGGUGUUGAGGUCUGCAUUGCCACUCCAGGUCGUCUGAUCGAUAUGCUCGAGGCCGGCCGCACCAACCUGCGCCGUGUCACCUACCUCGUUCUCGACGAGGCUGAUCGCAUGCUUGACAUGGGUUUCGAGCCCCAAAUUCGCAAGAUUAUUGGCCAGAUUCGCCCUGACCGUCAAACUUGCAUGUGGUCCGCUACCUGGCCCAAAGAGGUCCGCCAGCUGGCGUCUGAUUUCUUGCACGAUUAUAUUCAGGUCAACAUCGGCUCCGAGGGUCUGUCCGCUAACCACCGUAUCACUCAAAUCGUCGAGGUCGUGUCAGACUUCGAGAAGCGUGACCGCAUGAUUAAGCACAUGGAGAAGGUUAUGGAAGACCGCUCCAACAAAAUUCUGAUUUUCACUGGCACCAAGCGUGUCGCUGAUGAGAUUACUCGCUUCCUCCGCCAAGACGGGUGGCCCGCGCUUUCCAUCCACGGUGACAAGCAGCAGAACGAGCGUGACUGGGUCUUGAACGAGUUCAAGCAGGGCAAAAGCCCAAUCAUGGUGGCCACCGAUGUGGCUUCCCGUGGUAUCGAUGUUCGUGACAUCACUCACGUUUUGAACUACGACUACCCCAACAACUCGGAGGACUACAUCCACCGCAUUGGUCGUACCGGUCGUGCCGGUGCCACUGGAACUGCCAUCACCUUCUUCACCACCGAGAAUGCUAAGCAGGCUCGUGAUCUUGUCAACAUCCUCACCGAGGCCAAGCAGCAGAUCGACCCCCGUCUCGCCGAGAUGGUCCGCUACGGCGGUGGCGGCGGUGGUGGUGGCCGCUGGGGUGGCCGUGGUCGUGGCCGUGGUGGUUGGGGUGGUCGUGGUCGUGGUGGUGGUGGCGGUGGCAGCUAUAACACUGGCUCCAACGCCGGUGGUCUCGGCGGUAACCGCGGCUGGUAA